UUCAUUUUUGUUACAGCCUGAAGCGCAUGAUUUCAUAGUCUGUUGGAAACUGUGGUAACUUUCACAAUUAAAGGAAGUGGCGAUUGUCGUCAGGGAACCCCAGAUUUCCGGGAAGACGAGCGAUACCGAUAAGAAGAGGAUUGGCAUACGACGAAGGAUUAUUUCAGAUACUAUAUUGUUCCAGACCAGUUGCAGGGAAAUUAAAAUACAAACCCACUGGAACAUGAUGAAGAGGUACCAACUGCGAGAGAAGAUUCUAUGGUUUGCUUUGAUAUCCCGGGUCUUUGUUUUAAUUGCUCAAUUUAUCCUGAACCUUCUGUGUCCUGAUCACGAUGCAGGAGUCUUCAUCAGUCCCAAAGAUCAGUUUGAAAUUCAGGAAAGAUCUAUCUGGGAUACUCUCAUACAUCUUUUUCUGGGAGGAUUAACUCGUUGGGAUGCUCAAUACUUUUUACACAUUGCCAAAUAUGGUUAUACCUAUGAAAAUACCCUUGCAUUUUUUCCAUUGUUUCCCUGGACCAUUCGCUGCCUUACCAAGAUCUUCUUGGUACUUCUCCUGCCACUGGGAUUCAGUGUCCAAGAAGAUAGCGUCCUUUUGUUAACAGCGACUCUUCUGAAUUUGGUCUGCUUUGUGGGCUCUGCAUGCACUCUGUAUGACCUGAGUUAUAAAGUACUUGGUGAUCCCGUGACGGCCUAUAAGGCUUCAGUACUCUUCUGCAUCAACCCGGCCAGCAUCUUCUUCACGGCUGCUUAUACAGAAUCUAUGUUCACAUACUUAACGUUUAGGAGUAUGCUGGCCUAUGCAGAAGGUACCUCCUGGCAAUGGCUUUCGGUAUCACUUUCGGCUAUAGUUAGAUCUAAUGGACUUACUAACAUUGGAUUCCUGGUUUAUGGUUGGCUUCAAAAAACUGUUGACUUUAUUCAGGCCUCUGAACUUACUUUCUUGAUUACGUCUUCCCGCCCGAUAAGCUAUCAACGGCGCAUCCAGUUUGUCCUUUUCUUUGGCUAUCAUUUGGUAAUUCGUUUUAUGAAAAUCAUUGGUAUUCUAAUAUUAACCUCCUCUCCCUUCCUCCUUAUCCAGGUCUAUAAUUAUUUGAUUUUUUGCGUUGAAGAAAUGCCCAACUUUCCAAAACAGGUAUUAGAUUAUGGUUUUGAUAAUGGUUUCCUCCUUCCUGGAAGUCGAGAUUUGCUGUGGUGUCGAUAUUCAAUACCUAUGGCAUAUUCUCAUGUACAAAGCAGGUAUUGGAAUGUUGGAUUUGUUAAAUAUUAUGAAUUUAAACAAAUACCAAAUUUUAUUCUUGCAGUCCCAGUGCUUUAUAUAAUGCUUGCGGGGAGUUUUAGGUAUCUUUAUGAGCAUAAAAGUGAACUGUACACUUUGGGACUGAAACAAGCAUUCAUCAAGAGCAGGUAUUCUAUGAAAAUGUUUGUAUUUGUUGUUCACGGACUCUUUUUAACUAUCUUUUGCUUGCUCUUUGUACAUAUUCAAGUGAGCACUCGUUUACUCUGUUCAGCUAGUCCUUUGGUGUAUUGGUACUGUGCGUACAUCAUGUCAUAUCAGCCUGAGAAAUUACAUAAAAAUAUGUACACCAUUUGUGAAUAUCCUGACAAUCUAAUUUCAAAAUGGCGAGUGUUUUUCAUGACUCAGGAAAAGUACACAACAAAUGAUAAAUUAGUCUUGAUAUAUUUUAUUGGCUAUCUACUUAUUGGUUGUUUUAUGUACUCAAAUUUCCUACCAUGGACAUAAUUUAUAUGUAAGAUCGUGGGGACAUAUGUGUUGUCUUUUGUGCUUGAGAAUUUCAAUAGGAGUGAGUGAAAUAAUCUUUUUACAAUCAGGACAAUCGUAAGAACGUGCAUUGGCCUUUCCAACAGUUGAGG